AUGCGCCAACAGCAGCCUUUGCCUUCGCCGCAGAGACCAACUUCGGUGGGAGCCUCAGAGAAAGCGCCAGGUGCUUUGCUUUGGCCCCAUGUCUCUCGGAUCCUAACCUCCGAGGGCCGGCGGGGAGUCUGCCAGUGUGGCGCCUUCUGUGCGUGCGCGGCCGCACUUCUGUCUGCCAUCGGAGCGUCUGUGGCCAUCGCCCUCGCCGGGGAUGGUGCCGGGAACGGGCCCACUCCCUUCGCGGAGCCUUACAAGUGCGACAGCGAUCUCUUCCUGUCGCACGUGGUUAAAGCAGAUCACAAAGGCCUGGCUAUAGACGACACAACCUUUCAGAAAUGUUCUGGUGGCAUCCCAAGAGUUUGGCCCAACACGCAGGAAAAGCUGACGUCCAUCCGGCUCUUCAAAGCUUGGGACAUGGCCUGGCCUGAUGGCGCUCGGGAAGAGGCUUGGGCGCAGCUGCUGGAUGUUGUGAAAGCCAACGGCAUCAAGGUCCUCAUGGGAACGCAGAUCACCUGCGACGAGGCGGAUGACGACAGAGACUGGCGCUUGGUCAAGGAGCUUUUGCAGAAGCUGGGCCGCGACCAUGUCAUGGGAGUCGCUGUGGGGAACGAGUUAGAGCUUCUCUAUCAGAAGGACUACGCCACGCAGAGCUGCAUCCGCCGGCUCUGGGGCGGCGGUGAAUUCUGGCGCAAGCUCACGCAGAGAGCUGCGGAUCUGGAUGCGAUGGCCGGCUUCUCAGACGUGCCGCUGACAUCCGUCUUCGGCGCUGCCAUCUUCGCCGGCCAGCCCUUCGUAGAAAAUGUCAACGCGACUGUCCAGACGCUGUACCGGGACGCUGUGGCCAAGUUUGGCAAGCGCUGGGUCUUUACUUUGAACAUCUACCCGUACUUCGACCCGAACAAUGCGCUGGAUCCUGGCUCCUCUACCAAGUGCACACAGGCACUGUCGACCUCAACCUGCUUCAGCGACCCCACAUGCAGAUUGCCAGCGAUGGUCAAAGACAUGCGCGAAAGGAUGCUGUCGCUGUCGGGCAGUUCCUCACACCUUCUCUGGCUUGGGGAGACGGGCUGGAGUUCUCCCCAGGCGAGCACCCUGUCGGGCAAGCCGAUGGCUGCCUGCACCGCUUUCUCCGGCAUUAGCUCCUUUCGUAAAUAUUACAGCAACUUCCUGAAAUGGGAUCUCACCGUGGAUGCGAGCAGCCGGGGGCCGGACCGAGGGUGGCUCAAUCACAACUUGCUCAUGGCAUUUCGGCACAUUCAGAAGCACCUAGGGCGGGCAGCGUGGAUGGAGUUUCGUUUUGCAACCUCUGGUCUCACCUUGUCGUGCAGAAAAGUAAAGCCGGACAGCGUCAGCGUCUUGUUGGAUGAUGAGAACGCCGAGGAAGCGACAGAUGACGAUGAUGAGUUCACUCAGCUUGUGGAGCGCACCCUGCAGGUGGAGCUCUCGCCCAAGGAGCUCGAUGGGUACUGGCAGGACCUUUGCCCUGGCAACGGCCCCCAGCGGAUCAGCUUCGAAGAGUGGUUUGGCUGGGUUCGUCGCAACUACCUCCCCUUCCAGGAGCUCACUGUUGACGUGCCCGUUCCUGAAAGCUACGAGCUGAUCACGAGUGCCGUCGGCGUGGCCCUGGCAAUCUACGUGUUGGGUCAGUUCGAUGCCAUUGCCUCGAGCUUCCGCGGGUUUUCUGGCACGCCGCUGACGCUGUGGGCUCCACCCCUAGGCUCCGUGGUCGUGCUUCUCUUUGGCCCCGGACUCCAGGGCCGGCGCGGGGCGAUCAGUGACACGGAGGCUGUACGAACUGUGCUGGUGGCCUGCGUUGGCUGCGCUUUCUGCGCCAUGCUGGCCAUCUACAGCUUCGGUGGCGACCAGCCUGCAAUAACCCGGGCAGCAGCAGCGAGCGGCUCCCUACUUUGGAUGCGCUCCACACGGAGCCUCUUCGCCCCUGCCGGGGCCUUCGCUUGCCUGGCGGUGGACCAGGCCCUCCCGCGGCUGCCUCCCGUUAGGGACUGGCAGUGGGUUGCCGAGGGUGUGCAGCUUAUCGUCGUUCCGGCCAUUGUCGGAUCCCUGUUCCUCUUCGCUGCGCAGUCAGCGGCUGUUUUCCUGAGGAGCAAGUUUGCAUGGCAGGAGGCGCUCUCCAUUCAGGACACUUGGCUGGUCGGAGAGCUUCGCUCGGCCUUUCCUUCCUUGCCGAAGCGAGAGCUCUCGAAGCUCUUGAGAGAAGCAGAGGAGGUCUACUACAAGCCCCGCUCUGUUCUGACGGACCAGGGGGAGGUGAACCCCUACAUCUGGCUCGUCAUUUCGGGAAGCCUCGUUGUGGAGGUGAGCGGUCAGGUGGCUUCCACCUUGGAGCGCAAGGCCAUCAUCGGAGAGGUGACCUUCCUGGACCCCAAGGACAAGCUCGCGACAGCCACAGUCUACGCAAACACGGGUGGGGCACGAACUCUCCGUUGGUCCCAGGACCGGCUGCGUGAGUUCUGCGAGGAGGAGACUGCCGUAGGCGAGAAGGUCAUGGCCGCCAUAUCGGAGGAGCUCAUUGAAAAGAUGGUCCGUGGUCGGGGAGCCGGCCGGCGUUCUCCCGAGGAGUCCGUGAGACUCCUGGCGCAGCUGCGGAAGGCUUUCCCUCAGCUUGGCAUGGCGGAGGUGCCGCGGUUCCUCAAAGUGGCCGACAGCGUCACCUAUUCGGAGGGUAACUGCCUGACCACACAGGGGGUCGAGAACCGCUUCCUCUGGCUGGUCCUAUCGGGAUCCCUGAGUGUCAAUGUCAACUCUCAGACCGUGGCUCAGCUGUCCGACGGCGCCCUCAUCGGCGAGGCCACCUUCCUCGGCUUCGCGGCCGAGAGCUUGGCUUCGGCGACGGUCCGGGUGGACGAGGAAGAGGGUGUGCAGACAUUGCGCUGGUCGCAGGACAGUCUGCGUUCGCUGUUGGUGGAGGAUGCCGGGCUUCGAGACAAGCUAAUGCCUGCCUUUUCGGACGAGCUUCUGCGACACAU